UUCCCUUCCCCUCCCCUCCCCAUCUUCAUCUUUAACCCGAAACAGGGGAGGAAAAGACGGAUUUCGAACAAAAAGAGGCAAAACCCUAACAAAUUUCAUGUAAAUUUGAUCCUCUCUUUGUGGGUAUUGUUGCUUUUUCUUUAAUUUGGAACCAUGGAUUACGAUAGCAUUGAAUGCGUUUCAACCUCUGAUGGAUUGGGCAACGAAGAGAUCCCACAUCAUCAUCAUCAUUUUACGUCAUCCAAAACUCACAACGUCAAUGUUAUUCCUUCAAAAAUCCAUCCCACCAGUGUCCAUGAACUUCUCGAAUGCCCUGUAUGUACAAACUCAAUGUACCCUCCGAUUCACCAGUGUCACAAUGGGCACACGCUUUGUUCGACAUGUAAAACACGUGUGGAGAACAGGUGUCCAACAUGCAGACAAGAGCUUGGUGAUAUAAGGUGUCUUGCAUUGGAGAAAGUGGCUGAAUCCCUUGAAUUCCCAUGCAAAUACUUCCCACUUGGGUGCCCUGAGAUCUUCCCGUAUUACAGCAAGCUUAAACACGAACUCAUCUGCAAUUUUAGGCCCUACACCUGUCCAUAUGCUGGAUCCGAGUGCUCUGUUGUUGGUGAUAUUCCAUUUUUAGUCACUCAUUUGAGAGAUGAUCAUAAAGUUGACAUGCAUUCCGGAUGCACUUUCAAUCAUCGUUAUGUCAAGUCCAAUCCACGCGAAGUUGAAAACGCCACCUGGAUGCUUACAGUGUUCAACUGUUUUGGGCAAUAUUUUUGUCUGCACUUUGAGGCAUUUCAGCUGAGCAUGGCACCAGUGUACAUGGCAUUUGUGAGAUUCAUGGGAGAUGAAGAGGAUGCAAGAAACUACAGUUACAGUUUGGAGGUGGGAGGAAAUGGAAGGAAGCUGAUAUGGGAGGGGACACCAAGGAGCAUUAGAGAUGGGCAUAGGAAGGUGCGUGAUAGCCACGAUGGUCUCAUCAUACAGAGGAACAUGGCUCUCUUCUUCUCUGGUGGUGAAAGGAAAGAGCUUAAACUUAGGGUUACAGGAAGGAUUUGGAAAGAGCCUCCUAACCCUCCUGAUGCUGCUGGAGGACCUUGUGUUCCUAAUCUUUACACUUAGUUCUUAAAAAAAUUUAAGAUUUUUCUUUUUUUUCUUUUUGGGGUUGGAUUGAUUUCGUUGGUUUCUUGUUGAUUGUUUAUUUUGUGGAGUGGAUGGAUGGAUGGAUUGAGCGGCCUUGAAGAAAAUCUUUAUAAUAUUAGAUCUGGGAAUGGGAUGAUGUUCUUUGUUUGUGUGGGAGAUUGUAUUUUGUAAUUGUUGGUGAUGACAAUAUUUGUUGUUCCAUUUGUUUCGAUAAUUGUAUAAAUAUAAUGGCUUGCACUUAA